ACUUUCACUUUGACAACAUAUCCAUGUUAGCGCAAAACGUGUCGGGCUGAUAAAACAAAUCGCUAAUGAAUGCCUGCGUUAAAUGUUUCAUAUGGCAGAUGAAAACUCAUCGUAUAAAGCCACAUGCAUCACAAUGUCUGAAAUUGGCGUAUCGUGGCGUAUGUAAGACAACUUUGAAUUUGCCUUUGGUGUUUAACAUUUGUUCCUGGGAAAUGGCGACGGACGUGUCUGUGGUGAUGCCUGUGUACAAUGGAGAGCAGUGGUUGGCAGAGUCUCUACAAUCUGUGUAUGACCAGGAGUUCCAGGGAAGUAUGGAGCUAUCGAUCUACAACGAUGCCAGCACUGAUAAAUCCAUGGAACUGAUCAAGGAAUGGGCUGACACUCUGAGGACCAAAGAUAUCAAAGUCACAAUCUCAGAAAACACAUCCGAUUCUCCAAGGGGAGUGGGGUUUGCCAAGAACCAAGCAAUACAAGCCAGCUCUGGACGGUUCCUCUGCUUCCUGGAUGCAGAUGAUGUAAUGCAUAAGGAACGAGUGGCACAUCAGUACCAGGCUGCUGUCAGCCACCCAAAAAGUAUAGUGGGAUCUAAGUUCCAUCGAUUACCUGAGGGGUCCACUCAGCGUUAUACUAACUGGGCCAACACAAUAUCUCAGGAGCAGCUGUAUACUCAGAUGUAUACUUCCCAUGGACCAACAGUGCUGAUGCCAACCUGGUUUUGCUCCAGGGAUCUGUACAAGAAAGUUGGAGGCUUUGAUGAGGGAGGAAAGGGAGUACCUGAAGACCUGAUAUUUUUCUACCGUCACCUUGAGUUGGGUGGUGGAUUGUUUCGUGUUGAUAAGGAUCUUGUAAUGUACAGAUACCACCCACAGGCUACAACCUUCUCAAUCCAUGAAGAUACAAUAUGGGAGCGGCGCGUGGCAGCCAUCCAGUCUCAGGUCCUCAGUAAGUGGUCCUGCUUCACCAUCUGGAAUGCUGGCAAGCAAGGGCGCAAGUUGUACCGCAGCUUAUCCAAGGAAAACCAAAAAAAGGUGAUCAUGUUCUGUGAUGUUGAUGAGAAGAAAAUCAAAAGUGGUGUUUAUGUCUUUCAAGAAUCAAAGGAGAAGCCCAAACCCACUGUUCCCAUCAUGCACUUCAGCAAGGGAACAAAGCCCUUCCUCAUCUGUGUCAAAAUGGACAUGACUGAAGGAAAGCUAGAACAGAAUAUCAAGUCUCUCAAUCUGAAGGAAGGUGUAGACUUCUUUCACUUCAACUGACACUUCCUAACAGUGAAAAAUUGAGAAUAAAGACGAUUCAAGGUUUCAGAACCUACAGAUUUAACAGUUCUCACUUGGACCUCCAUUUAUUGUGAGCCACACUACACUCUAUCGAGUGUUUUCUCCUCAAUGAUAGCGGUUUUAAGACAUACAUGUUGAUACAAAUAGAGACAGACUUGUCACAUGACAUCAAAGUUUUAUUAUGUCCGACUGUGAUUGGUGCAAGGAGUCAAGGUUACCUUAUCAUGAUUCUUCAGGAAGAUGCCCAGGUUAGUUAUGUAAUGGUAUGAAAUCUGAUAGACUGUCCCCAUGUACAGUGUGCCCCAGCAUAGGUGUGUAUGAUGGUACCCAUAGAUUCAGAACUCAUGAAAUACACCAACACAAAAAGUAAUAUGAGUGACAAAAUGUGCAGAUGCAUUUAUCUAUGUUACGAAGGUUGAACUCAGUAUGUGAUACGUUAUGUAGCAGGGCAGAGGAAUGAAACAAAAAUCUCAAACCACUAGUCAUGUGGAUUGCUUUAUUUUCACUGCUCCAUACACCAACUUCCUGUCGGUGACCAUGCUUCUACAGGCACUGUGAAACAUGUGACAGGUUUUACCAGAGAAAGCAUCCUAUUGUCAUAGAAGCACACAUGUUUAUAUAUACCAGAGGUAAAGCUUGUGGAUAUACCACAGCACACAUUGCACUCAAAUCUGAAAACAAUGCUAGAUAUUUGAUAAGCUACUGUAUGUUUGCUACAAAAGACAUUUUAAUUUUGAUCAAACAUGCAUUAAACAUCAAGGUAUGUGAAAUCAAUAUACCUUGUCUAAUAGGUAUUUUUGUACUUUGAUAAUAUGUUCCAUCAAGAAAACACCGUAUUACAUGUUUGAUACACAGUAAAACCUCAUUAUAAUGUCCAUCAUUUAAUUCAUUUGCCAACUCAUUGUCACCCACAGAUUUUUCAAUAUAUUUUUCCAUAACAAUAUCUGCAAUAUGUUGCCGUUACUCCUUAUGGUGUCAAAACUUUGCAAGACAAGAGUGGUUGCAUGUAGCAUAUAAAGGUUUACUGUACCCGAUAGCUUGAUUGCAUCACUUUAGUCAGAAAUUCCCUCCCUGUAACUCGAUGUUAACAACCAUUCUCAAGUGCUACCUUUCCUCGCAUAAUAAUUAAAUAUAUUUGAAUACCACCAAGAUCAACCAAUCAAAAGCAGUUCGGUUAUCAUUAAUUAUGCCAAACAUACAUUAAAACCUGCCUCAACCAUCCUUCAUGUAAAUUACUUAUGUCCUAAAUAUAACAAACUGAACUAUUCAGCAGAAUUUCGAUAAACCUUGCUAGCCAAGAUAGAUUUAACCAUGACCUAACUAUUCUGUGUCGAACACUACACACUGAAGGAAAGCCUAUGACCAGAAACUAAUUAGUGAAUGCUGAGAACAGGAAGGACUGUUAACCAGGGCUAGUUUUGAAUAAUAUAUGUACCCUCUAGCAAUAGGCUGUCACAGCAAAAAAUUAAAUCAUUGUUCCUUUAGUGGUUAUCAUAUGUUAUAUAUAUAUAUCAAUUAGUUAGUGAUAUAGUGCUCCUAGGAAGUCGUGAUUCCAUCUCUUAACUGACCAGACUACAGGACUCCUUACCUGUGCCAGCAUGGUCAGUUACGUUACUGUACAUAAGGAAUGGUCAGUUACUCGGACAUUCAAACACAUAUUUACAUUAAAGUGUCACAUAAUAACCCUUUAAUGUGUUCAAUUGUAACUUAUUAUUUCUUUAGAAAAUUAAGAAGGAUUAAGAUAAUGGACAUUCUUGUAAUUUCACUGUACAUACAUAAUGGUCCAUUUCAAUUUAAAUAAUUUGUAUACAAAAUUAAUAUUUACUUCUUUUCUGAUGAAAUGAACAACCUUUAGUAUAAUAUAAAUGGAAUCUAAUAUUUACUGAAAGGUGAAUUUUAUAUUGGAUUAGUUACUUAUGACAAAUGAACAAGUGAAAAACUGUCAGUGAAACAUUUUACAUCUACAGUGCCGCCAGUAUUACCUUCGAGACUGGCCAUGAUCCAGAAAACCUUUUAUUACAAUAUACAAUUCUGAUACCACCAUCAUGGUAAACCAGACAGAGCUUGGCAGAUACCAAACACAGAACACACCAUGGUAGCUUGGUGAUGUUUAAAUACCAAAAUCAUGGUAUCUUCUCUCCAAUAUCAUUCCUGCGAUAUUCUUUUGCAUUUUGAUUGUCUUUAUCUAAUUAAUAUACAGUAUGUACCAAAACAUGAUAUUUCAUUCCUGACACACAUGUAUCUUGUACCAAAACAUGAUAUUUCAUUCCUGACACACAUGGAUCUUGUACCAAAACAUGAUAUUUCAUUCCUGACACACAUGUAUCCGAUAUCAUAUUCAUAUACCAUAUGAGUCUGAUCAAAGGUAUUUGUUCAUUUAAACUCUUCAAACUGAUACCAAAAACUAUCUGACUUGGUACCAUUUUGAUAACAGAGUUACUUUCCCUUUAUUGCUAUCUCAAGUAUACCACCAAAUUAUGGCUAGAUAUAGUAUCCAUACCUGAUGUAUCGAAGGUAAUUAUCUACAGUUGGUAAUUAUACCAACAAUGUCAUACAACUUGACUUUAACCACAAAUCUCAAAAUCUUGAGAAUGAUUACUUAUCAAUUACAUAAGACUGAUGGUAAAAUUCCAUUUUUAAGCCAUCAAAAGUAAAUUUGUUUCACACAUAUUUACAAACUACAGGUAACUCUCCAUGUUUACCUACCACAGGUAAAUCUUAUUUACAUACACUGGUAGCAGUGUGCUAAUCUGAUUACCACAGGUAAAUCUCUAUAUUACUCGCAAGUAAAUCUCACCACAACUCACUAUUUACCUACCAUAGGUAAAUCUUAUUUACCUACACAGGUAAAUCAUGCUAAUCUGACUACCACACACAGGUACCUAUAUUUACCCACCACAAGUAAAUCUCAUCACAAUUCACUAUUUACCUACCACAGGUAAAUCAUACUAAUCUGACUACCACACACAAGUACCUAUAUUUACUCAUCACAAGUAAAUCUCAUCACAACUCACUAUUUACCUACACAGGUAAAUCAUGCUAAUCUGACUACCACACACAGGUUUUUAUAUUUACUCACCACAAGUAAAUCUCAUCACAACUCGAUUUUUACCUACCAAAUGUAAAUCUUAUUUACCUACCACAGGUAAAUCUUAUAUGCCCACACAGGUAAAUCAUGCUAAUCUGACUACCACACACAGAUACCUAUAUCUACUCACCACAAGUAAAUCUCAUCACAACUCACUAUUUACCUACCACAGGUAAAUCUCAUCAUUUACACUGUACAUACCACAUCUCAGGUUUGUUCUUUACCUAGCACAGGUAAAUCUCAUCAUCUACCUUCCACAGGUAAAUCUUAUUAUUUACACUGUACCUACCACAGGAAAAUCUCAUUUACCUUCCACAGGUAAAUCUUAUCCUUUACACUGUACCUACCACAUCGCAGGUUUGUUCUUUACCUAGCACAGGUAAAUCUCAUCAUUUACCUUCCACAGGUAAAUCGUAUUAUUUACACUGUACCUACCACAGGUAAAUCUCAAUUACCUUCCACAGGUAAAUCUUAUCCUUUACACUGUACCUACCACAUCUCAGUCUUGUUCUUUACCUAGCACAGGUAAAUCUCAUCAUUCACCUUCCACAGGUAAAUCUUAUCAUUUACACUGUACCUACCACAGGUAAAUCUCAUCAUUUACCUUCCACAGGUAAAUCUUAUAAUUUACACUGUACCUACCACAGAUAAAUCUCAUCAUUUGCACUGUACCUACCACAGGUAAAUCUCAUCAUUUACACUGUACCUACCACAGGUAAUCUUAUCAUUUACACUGUACCUACCACAUAUCAGUCUUGUUCUUUACCUAGCACAGGUAAAUCUCAUCAUUUACACUGUACCUAGCACAGGUAAAUCUUAUUAUUUACACUGUACCUACCACAGGUAAAUCUUAUCCUUUACACUGUACCUACCACAGGUAAAUCUUGUUCUUUACCUAGCACAGGUAAAUCUUAUUAUUUAACUGACUGCAGAUGAAUCUUGUUAUUUUACUAUGCCAGGUAAAUUAUGUUAUUUUAACAACCACAGGAACAUGUAAAUCUUUAUAUUUACUCACUUUAAGUAAAUCUCAUUGCUUACCGCACAAAGGUAAAUCUCACUUUUCACCUUCAACAGGGAUAUCAAAUAUUAACUCACCAGGUACAUCUACUUACCUACAA